GAGAGAGAGAGAGAGAGAGAAAGAUGAGUUCAUAUCAAGUCGGCAAAAACCGUUUUGUUGUUGGUAGACUUAUACAUACACACAAACACACACAUAUGCUUGUGACCUGUGAGUGUGAGUUCAAGUCUUUUUUUUUUUUGAACCAGUGGUAAAAAUCAAGAAAAACGUUGACGUUGACUGUAUUAUAUAUUGUAUAUGUUUUUGGGCGAUGAUUUUUGUUUUUGUUUUUUGUUUUUUUGUUUUUUUUUCCGUGGUCAAAAACAAUUGACCAAUCGAUUUUAUUGAUAACGAAAAAAAAAUUAGUAAUCAAUUAAACGAUCAAUCAUUAACGAGCAACAGGUUACACCGUUAAUUUUAUGUGGUGGUCAUUUUUUUUCUUGUUUGGUCAAAAAAAAAAAUCAUUCAAUUUUCGUUUAUAACAAUGUAAUACGGAUGAUUUAAUGUUUGUGAAUUUAGUGGAUAAAAACAAAAAUAAAAAGCAAGACAAAAUGUCGAAUAAAUAUCGUCAGCAACAAAAAGAAGAUUAUCUAGAGAAAACAUUCACCGAAUAUAUUGGCUGUCAUCCAACAUACACUAUACCAUUGAUACGUGCACAUAAUUUCAUAAUGCGUGAUAUUGGUCCAAUCAAUCCAGCUGUUCGAUAUUAUGUGGCCAUUAUGGCCGCAUCAAGACAUCGUUGUUCAUAUUUAGUACAUUUUUUGCGUAAACAAUUUUUAAUCAUUGGUGGUGAUGCUGAUUGGUUGAAAGGACUGGAAUAUGCACCGAUCAAAUUACAAUCAUUAAAUACUAUCAAUAAAAUUCUUGCACAUCAACCAUGGUUAUUGAAAACUACCCAUAUACAGGUAUUAUUUGGUCAGAGUUUAACAAAAAAUAUCAAUUCAUGGACAUUACCAGAAUUAACGCAUGCAAUUAUUAUAAUGGCACAUUUUCAUUCAUUAUGUUCAUUGGCAUUUGGUUGUCGUUUUGGUUAUGAACCACCUGAAUGUAAUGGAGAAGAAGAUGGUGAAUAUGAAGAGAUUGAAAUUGAAGAAUUACGUUUUGAUGGUGAUAGUGGUAGUAGUACUAUUAAAAAAAUUGUCAAACGUAGUCCAGCAUCACGUUUGAUUGUUGAACGUUGUCGCCAAUUGGAACAGGAAGAUGCAAAUUUAGCAAAAAUAAUGAAUUCAUUUACAUUGGCUACGGCUGCUACAAGUGGUGCCGGAAAAAGGAAACAUAACAAAUAUCAUCAUAAUAAUAAUAAAUCAUCAUCAAAUACGGUUACAACAGAAACGAUUACAAAACAUAAUGAUAAUGAUAAUAAUGAUGGAACAUCUGGAUCAAAUAGUACAACGAAAAUUGAUUCAAAACCAAUGAUCACUGUUGUUGAUAAUGGUGAAUUCAAACCGAAUACAUGGUCUGAAGAUGAAUGGCAAAAACAUAAUUUCAAUGUUUAUAUUGAUGAUCCAGAAUUUGUUUAUAUUGAUUUUGCUAAACGUGGCCGUACAUCAGAAUCAUCAACAUAUCGUAUACAGGAUUAUCAAUGGGAUGAUCAAGGCUAUAGCCUUUCUAAUUAUCUUUAUCCAGAUGUAGCUAGUUUUUUGGAUGAAAAAUUUAAAGUUGGUUAUAAUCUAACCUAUUAUACGCUUGGUCCAAAAACCAACAUUGAUACAUCGCCAUUUCGUCGUGCUGUUUGGAAUUAUAUACAAAGUAUAUAUGGUAUACGUCAUGAUGAUUAUAAUUAUCGUGAAGUAAACAUUUUACUUGAACGACAACUUAAAUGUUAUAUAAAACAUUUAGCUUGUUUUCCACAAUUAACAUCUAGACAUGAUUUCCGUUCCGUAAUGAAAGGUUUUCGUGCAUCGGAAAAAGUUCAUGUUAUCAUAAUGGUUGCUGAAGCUCGUUUACAGGCAGAAAUUCUAUAUGCAAUGCGUACUUUGAUGGAAUAUAUGAAAUUAUCAGCUUAAUAUUAGAAAAAACAAAACAAAACACACACACAUACACAUUGUUCUCCUUCUUCUUCGUUGCCGUUCGUUGUUAUUGUCCACCUUUUUUGUUGUUGUUGUUGUUGUUGUCACAAUCGAAUUUCAUAAUUCAAUCUAUAAUCAAUUCGUUGAUUGAUUGCCAUGUUUGAUGUUCUCAUAUUCAUAUUAUCUCAUUCUUUAUCCACAAUUAUUGUACACCCACCCACACACAUACACACACACCCACAUACAGACAGACAGACUGUAUUCAUUUGCUAAUUGUUUUCUUGAUUUUGUGAUAUUUAAAAAAAAUGAUGAUUAAUUA